AAUACACUAAUCUCUCGCUUGUAGGUUGCAGCUCAAGAGUCAUUAAUGAACGCGGAUGUCACGCAGGCUGAGGAUGAUGAACUUUCCGCCAGGCUUUUUCAAUGACGUGACAUAUGGUGCUUAUUCAUCCAGAAUGUACGGUAACCAUUACCAUUCCUCUUCCCGCCGUCCCCGCCCUCUCGCACCCUCUUUGGGGAGUGCGAGUGCGCUCUUUGGUCGCCUUUGGUCGCCUUUCCGCCGCUCUCACCACAAUACCAACGAUGCAAUCGAACUCCAGCAACGAUCAAGACAGUCCUUUGUCUCUCGUGGUCCUCGUAUUGUCGAAGUUGCUGCAGUCAAGGAUAGAGAGGUUAUAUUUACUGCUCCGCCGCCGCCAGAGAAAACACAGCAGCAAAGCCAAUCACACGGACAGGGGUCGUUCACGAUACCGCCUGCUUCAAGUACUAAUCCUACUAUACCACGUCCAAGACAUCCGCAUUCACUACUCGUCCGGUUGUUGGCUCAUCUUGUGCUUUUUCUCUGCUGCGCAUCUCCUCAACAAACACGCUGAUGUCAAUACACAACUAACACAGCAGCAGCAAAGCUAAUCGCAUGGCCGAGUCUAGGCCUAGGCG